AUGGCUCACCACCUCCUGCCCUUGCUUGCCGUUCUCGCUGCCGCCGCACUGCUCGUGGCGCCCGUCGCAGGUUACCCGUGGCCAGUGUGCGGCCAGAGCAACUACUUCAAGCCUAACGGCACGUACGAGGCUCAUCUCGACUUAGUUGCGGCCAAGCUGCCCAAGAACGCCUCCGCAUCCCGGUCCCUCUUCGCCACCACCGUCGUCGGCACCAUCCCGGAGCAGCUCUGGGCCAUGGGGCUCUGCCGCGGCGACGUCAACGCCACGGCCUGCUUCAGCUGCCUUACUCAAGCCUUCAGAGACCUCCCGAACGACUGCUCCUACGACAUGGACGCCACCAUCUACUACGACCAAUGCAUCCUCCAUUACUCCGACGUGCUCACCUUCCCUGGCGCCGACACUGGCCCAACGACCGACACGUACACCAUCAACUUCAACGCAAAUGUUACGUCGGACCCGGCCCAGUUCAAGAGCCUCCUGGCCGCCCUCAUCAACGCCACCGUCGCAUACGCCGCGAACAACUCCACGCGGCUGUUCGCGACAGGGGAGGCUGACUUCAACCAGGAGUUCCCCAAGGUGUACAGCCUGGCGCAGUGCACGCCGGAUCAGACGCCGGCGCACUGUCGGAACUGCCUCGCCGAGGCCGUAGCGGGGCACCAGGGGUCGUUCUAUGACUAUAUCGGAGGCAGGGUGCUUGGCAUCAACUGCAGCUACCGGUACGAGAUCGUUCCCUUCUUCAAUGGACCGGCAAUGGUUCGGCUGGCAUCACCGAGCUCUGGAGCUCCGGCACCGGCACCGGCACCAGCGCCGGCUUCAGCUCUGCAACCAACUGUUGGGACGCCGCCGGCAGCCGGGAAAGGGGGAAGAAAGUACGGUAUCCCGGUCGUGAUCGUUGCAGUUCUACUGCCAAGUAUUGCAGCCUUGAACCUUGUUGCCUGCCUCUGUUACUGGAAGCGUCAGCGACCUAUUGAACAGGCGAAACAGAAAUAUCCCAUGUAUUCAGCUGAAGCUGAGGACACGGAGACGGUGGACUCGAUGAUGAUGGACGUGUCCACCCUGCGGGCCGCGACAGGGGAUUUCGACGAGACCAACAAGCUUGGCGAAGGCGGCUUCGGAGCGGUGUACAAGGUAUGGGAGCACUGGGAGACCGGGACGGUGGUGGAGUUGGUAGACCCGAACAUGGGCGGCAGCAGCAUCCCGGAGGCCGAUGUGCUGAGGUGCAUCCACAUAGGGCUGCUGUGCGUCCAGGGAGAUCCAACGGCCCGACCGGUGAUGUCCUCAGUCGUGGUGAUGCUUGGCAGCAAUACGGUCACCCUCCAGGCGCCGUCCAAGCCGGCGUUCUGCGCCAGGAACAACUCCAACACGACCGUGUCCACGGCACCGCUACAGGGCUAG